AUGUCUGCUCAGGGGACUCUGCCGGGAGGGGUGCUACCAGGCAAGUAUCGGCACAUCGAGUUGGAGCCUCCCCUGGGCCAGCCGGGCUGCCCCCGGGGGUGCGACAGGCUCCUCUUCUCCCACCGGGAGCAAAGACUCGUGCCGGAGACGCAAGGAAGUGCCUUUCCUGGGACCGAGCUGAAGGCUGAGCUCCCGCUCUGGAUCCUGUUCGAGGAGCUGGACGUGCUGGACGAGGCGGCGCUGCGGGGGCUCUUCGGGAAGCACCGCUUCUCGGCAGUGAUGCACUUCGCGGGGCUGAAGGCGGUGGGCGAGUCGGUCCAGCAGCCCCUGGAGUACUACAAGGUGAACCUCACCGGGACCAUCCGGCUGCUGGAGGCGAUGAACGCGCACGGCGUGAGGAACAUUGUGUUCAGCAGCUCGGCCACAGUGUAUGGGGACCCUGCCUACCUCCCCCUGGACGAGAAGCACCCGGUCGGCGGCUGCACCAACCCCUACGGCAAGUCCAAGUACUUCAUUGAAGAGAUGAUACGAGACUUGUGCAAGGCUGAGAAGGGCUGGAAUGCGGUUCUGCUGCGCUACUUCAAUCCCAUCGGGGCCCAUGAGUCAGGAGACAUUGGAGAAGACCCACAGGGGAUCCCCAACAACCUCAUGCCCUAUGUUGCUCAGGUGGCUGUGGGGCGCCGGGAGUUCCUGAGUGUGUUUGGGAAUGACUAUGACACUGUGGAUGGGACAGGCGUCAGGGACUACAUUCAUAUUGUGGACCUGGCCAAGGGUCACAUCACUGCGCUGAAGAAACUUAAGGAGAACUGUGGCUGCAAGAUCUACAACCUGGGCACAGGUACUGGCUACUCUGUCCUGCAGAUGGUCAAGGCCAUGGAGAAAGCCUCUGGCAGGGAGAUCAAGUACAAGAUUGUGGCACGGCGUGAGGGCGAUGUAGCCACCUGCUAUGCAGACCCUGGGCUAGCUGCACAGGAGCUGGGCUGGAAAGCUGCAUUCGGCCUCAACAAGAUGUGUGAGGACCUGUGGCGAUGGCAGAUGCAGAACCCCAUGGGCUUCAGCAAAAACUGAGGCUUGGCAGCCAGGAGGUGCCUCAGCCCAGGCAGCCACAGGCUUGGGGAGGCUCCUGCCUGCUUCUGCUCCUGCCCCUCCCUCUGCCCAGUCCCCGCCCCACUCCAGCAUUGCUCAGCCUUGGCCAGGGCCACUUCCAUUCCCCAGAGCCCACUGGGAACAGCCUGUCUAGCUUGGGACCACAGUCGGUGUAGACUAGCUUGGUGCUGCCCUCACUAGAGCACAGGGCGUAGGCUGUUCCCCAUUAUGGCCAGGCCCUGAGCAGGGUGGGAGCUCUUGAGCAUGGCCCUCUCCUACCAUCUACCUCAUGGCCACAGGUCAGCCUGUGGCAGCUUCCCAGCCCAUUCCAUAUAGCCUUGUUUCCAUGGGCGUCACCAUUUCACUUCCACAGGCGUCGAUGCCAUCUUUUCUAUGUAGGUGGGACCGUCUCCUGAGUCCCCUAUCCUGGUGUGGACUUGCUCCUUCCCUCUCUUCCCCUCCCUCCUCAAUAGCAAGGGACCAAAGGCUCCUGAUCUGUGCUAGAGGCAUGGGAGCCAGUGCCUUGUGUUUACACGCCUGUCGCUGCAGUCUCCUUUCUGCAGCGUCCAACGUUCUGUCUCGGUGAUGGGUUCCCGGUUUAGUGACUAAUUAAGCGAAUUGUGUCUGGUUUUGUUCUCAGCCAGCAGUGUGUGGCAGUCUGCACAAGGCCGGCAGGGGUGCUGGCUGCAGUGCAUGGGGUCUAGUAGGUCUGAGCUGAGGCCUGCUGUGGUCACAUCAGACUCCUGUCACCCAUGGCACCUUGCUUAAACUCAUGUGCCAAAGCCCAUGUGGGCAACUGCUUUGCUCUCCUGCCUCACGUCAGGGUAAGAGCUGUGCCUGCCUCCAUGCUGGGCCAACACUACCAUUGCCCCGUUGCUGCUGCUGCUGCUGCAUCCUGAGUCUGUAACUUAUGCUACUAAAUUAUGAAUUGAUCUGUUGAUGAUUUCUAUUUAAAAAUAAACUUUCUUACUCUGGCA